GGAGGGAACUCUGCGUUUAAUUUGUCCUUGAGUUAAAACGCGAACUUCAGAUAUGUGGAAUCUUAGCUGCAGUCGAUUAUUUUCAGGACAUCACCAAAUCACCAACAGGUUACCUAAACUUCUUCAGAUAAAACAAUUCCGAUUUCCGAUUGUAAUCCUGUCAAAUUCCUUCGGUCAGCCCGCUGCUCAGACUCAUCCUCACCUGGUGAAACAAGGGGAGGUAACACCAGGAAUUUCAAAAUGUGAAUAUCAAACUAGAAGGGAUAAUUUAGUCAAACUAGCAUGCAGCGCUUUCAAGGAUGUGGAAAAUGUGAAAGAUCACAUUUUGAUAUUCCCAGCAUCAGCAAAGACAUUUAUGACCUAUGACAUACCAUAUCCUUUCCGACAAAAUACAGAAUUCUUGUAUCUGUGUGGAUUUCAGGAACCAGACAGUGUUUUAAUUUUGAAUACAAAUCAAGAGAAGUCAUCCAUUAGUGAUUAUCUGUCAGUUCUCUUUGUGCCGAAAAAAGACCCUUCGAAAGAAUUAUGGGAUGGACCCAGAUCAGGAAGAGAAGGAGCCUUGACCUUAACAGGGGUUGACAAAACGUUGAACAUUGACUGUCUGGAGGAGUACCUCAGUGAUUACUGUGGAAAAUUUAACAAUUAUGUUUUGUGGUACAAUUAUUCCAAACCAACUCACAUGGAGCAUGAUAUCCAAGUGUUGAGCCAGUUCAUGAAGGAAAACCGUCAUAAAUGUAUCGAAAACACAGUUGGAAUUUGUAAUCAGCUGAGGUUGAUUAAAUCCCCACCUGAAAUUGAGCUGAUGAAACAAAGUGUAGAAAUAGCUUCACAGUCUUUCAUAGAAGUCAUGAAAUUUUCACGUCCAGAGGUCAAGGAAGCUCAUCUGUAUGCAAAGAUGGACUUUGAGUGUCGCAUACGUGAUGCUGAGUUCCUGGCGUACCCACCAGUGGUUGCAGGUGGUAAUCGUGCCAACACUAUCCAUUACAUCAACAACAACCAGAUUGUCCGUGAUGGAGAGUUAGUUCUCAUGGAUGCAGGGUGCGAGUUCCACGGUUACACAAGUGACAUCACUCGCACAUGGCCGGUCUCAGGGAGGUUCAGCUCCUCACAGCGACAGCUGUAUGAUGCAGUGUUGACUGUCCAAGAGCAGUGUGUGGAGCUGUGCACUUUGGCCCACUCCCUGGACGACAUCUACAAGGUGAUGUUGAAGUUGCUGGGGAAACAGUUGCAGCUCCUGGAUAUCCUCCCAGCAGACAUCAAGGAAGUCAAGCUAAUGCAGAAAACACGGGAGUUUUGUCCCCAUCAUGUGAGCCACUAUCUGGGAAUGGACGUCCAUGAUACUUCAGAAAUCUCAAGAGGCAUAAAACUAAGUCCAGGGAUGAUUGUUACAAUUGAGCCAGGGAUCUACAUCCCAGAAUCCCACCCAACUGCGCCAGCUGAAUUUCAGGGUAUGGGGAUUCGUAUUGAAGACGACGUCCUGGUAACGGAAGGGGCACCUGUAGUCCUGUCACAAGGUUGUCCUAAGACUGCUGAGGACAUCGAGCAUAUCAUGGCUCAGAGUUAAUACAAUGCGCUUGACAGCUACUGUAUUUGCUGUAAUAACAGCCCAUGGCUUUAAAAGAAAUUGACAAAGGGUGAUGCUUUUGGUUUUAGAGAUCGAGCUCUUUUGAAAAAAAAAAUUCAAUAGGUUAUUGGGCAGUUACAUACUGUUUCAGUGCUGUAAUUUUCUGUGUAAAAUAUUUAACAUUUACAAGAAAAGACUGUCUUGUAAUUUCAGUUGUAGUAGGGGAAUUGGUUAUAAAGAUUACAUACAGAUUGAUCUACAAUUUAGUCAGGGGACACUUACGCUAAUUAUGAUAAAUACGGUAAUACGGUUACAUCUCAGUGAUGGAGACUGUAAUCCUAUAGAAGAAACUGCAGAAGUCAGACUUUGAGACGCCUCAUGCUGAUUUGGAGAUUUUACGUGUGCAUCAUGCUUUCAGAACUUGGGUUUUUGUAAGAACUUUUAUGACAUAAAGUUUUGACAGUAUCAUAUGCCAUUGUCCUGACAGUUGUCAUUAGCAGCCAUUUUACUAUUUGGCAGCCAUUGUCAUCCUCACUUGUAAUACCUGGCAGCUAUUGUCAUUUCCCUCAGCAGCCGUUUUAUUUGGCAGCUAUUGUCAUCCUCAACUGUCAUACCUAGCAGCUAUUGUCCUACCUAGCAGCCAUUGUCAUCCUCAGCAGCAAAUGUCACACCUGGCAGGCAUUGUCAUCAGAACUGGGAGCGUUGUCAUGAAGCAAGGCGUGGAGUCAUCCCAAAGAUUACAUCCUUGGGGUUGACUUCUUUAUGUGGACAAGACAUCCGACUUUGGAUCAGAAGGUCUGUCUUUUGAAUCCCAGCACGUGAUUCAGAAAUUUUAUGGCUGCUAGUCAUACCUGGCAGACCGUAAUGACCACCUCACGAUGACAUUUUUUUGUGAUUGAAAAAGGUCAAUACAAGAAAACACUGCAGCUUUAAGUUUUUAUUGAAAAAAAUAUAUCCACAAAUGCCUUUAGUUUAUUAAAGGCAUCUUACACAAAAACCUAAUCUAAGACAAUCAUGAAGUUGUUAAUAUGUACAGGCAGGACUUCUACAACCAAGGUACAAGACAUCAGUUGAAUAACAACUUGAACUUGAUCGAUACAUAUGUGAUACAUAAUAAAUGUAAUAAACUAUGUACAAACAUAGAUGUUUAACACACUAUAACGUGUGAAAGCAGUACGAUAACUGCCAAUAAUAACAGUAUUAUCAGGUGUAUUACGUGUACCUUGUAAGUUGAUGGCUUAUUGGAGGGGAGAUGUACCCUCUGAGUGGAACCAUACAUACUGAUGCCUUAAAUGAAUUAUUUUGUUUGCCAUGUAUAUAUACUUUACAAUAAUUUGACCAGAAAUGGAGAAUGAAA